AUGGCCCAUGCAAAGGACAAGCAUUACUGGUUCCAGCUCAGAGCAACGCUGACCGCAGGACAAUGGUCAGCUCAAUAUCCAGCAAAGGCUCCAAAUGGUACAGCCUUGUCCUGGUCAGAGCUCUUGCGCAAGUUCAAGAAACAUUGCAAGGGGUUUACGGAAGUAGCUGAAGUGGCUUCGCAGACGCAGGCUUUGGCUCUUCUUCUUGGUGCGAACUCAACCGACGAGGAUCAGCUGGGAGACGAACACUCUAUUCUUGUAUUGGGAAAUGACUGUAUUCUGCCCGAGGAACGCAUCGAGGAAGCCAGCGCAGCAUACGAAUCGUUACAGAAACUCAACUCCACAAACUUUGACUCUUUACAUAUAGCUCUGGCAUACUACUCAUAUGCACUCGGGCGUCCAGCCGAUUGUCUAUCUCAUCUCGCAAAAGUUUCAAACAUCCCCGACGCGCAAAGUCAUAUACCUUCCGCCCCGACUACACGCUCAGAUAUUUCAGCAUUGCAAGUUCCAGGCUCGCAAGCCGAGUCUUCUUCUUCCUGGACAAGCAGCCUCGUCUCUUCGGAUUCGUGUACUUCGAUCGCCGACAUCAAAGAUGGAAGAGCUUGGGCUAUGACAGAAUCAGUCCGAAGCAUAUGUCUCCAAGGCAUGUCGCUUGAGAAGAUUUCGUCAGAUCCCCAGAAAGUUCUCGACGUAUAUGCCACUGCUCUUCCCUUGCUCGAUAUCAUAGAAUAUGAAACUCCCCGAACAUUAACGGCAUCGCCCUCUCCUACUUCUUUUACCAAUUACCGUGAGCUAUGGAGAUGGGUGGAAAGACUGAUAUACAGAGCCAUCACACUGGCCUCGCGGACAUGUUCUCUUGAUGAAGAACUUCUAUGGUCUCUGUUCAAGCACUAUCACUCCUGUAGUGUACACUGGCCCGCUACUUAUAGAACCGAGCAUCGAUCCGUGAUCGCCGUCCUACAUCUCCGCGCAUUAAUUCUGCGUAAUCGGUCCAGUCCUUCCAUAUCCUCCCCACAUUCCCCUCUGCCAUCAGACAAACCUCCCCAGUGGCUGGGCACCGCUCGGUCGGUUAUUAAAGAAUAUCAAACAAUUCUAAGUUCGAGCACAUACUUCCCAAAAGCUGGACAGCAUAACGUUAGAGUAGAGGAUUUCGUCGAUCUAUGUGUGGCUGUGUGGGAGACAAGUGGUGCCUUGGACGAUCGUGCACGCUGGGUUCUUGAUAUCCUCUGGUGGGCUACACGUCUAACGUUCAAUUCCUACCGUAUUUUCCGGCACAUGACACGCUUAUUGUACGUCUCGGGGGAUAGCGAACUUGCCAAACGCACACUGCGGCUUUACGUCCAAGUUGUAGGAAAGUCACGGGAAGCGGGCUUUGACGAGGAUGCAGACACUGAUCGACACUGGGUUGAGACGCUAAUAGAGGGCUCGAGAAUGUUAUGUAGGCUGUCCCUGUCUAGAAAUGAUUAUAGGGGAGCCGAAGAGGCAACUGAGGCAGGUGAGAUGAUCGAGAAAGCGAAGGUGAGGUUGGAUAAAGACGACAAGGAACUUUGCUCUCGGGUUGAUCUGGCAGAGGGUAUCUGGGAGUCUGUCAUGGCGAUCACAGCACAAGAUCCUCAUACACGUCCUGCACGUUUGACACAAGCUCUUUCGCAUUUUGUCAAAUCAAUAGGUACAUUCCCCACUCCUUCUGCUUAUCACCACCUUGCCCUUGCUCUCGCGCGCCCUGGACCUUCGCAGGAUUUGGACCAAGCGAUCACGUGUGCAAGGUCUGCUGUAGAAGGCGAACCAAGGGAAAUACGGCAUUGGCAUUUACUAGGAUUACUACUAACGGCUGACGAACAAUGGGAUAAGGCCAAGGGCGUUUUGGAAGUUGGAGCAGGCAUUGGAGAAAACGAAAGUGCGGUGGAUCACAGUGAAGGAGAUACGGUGGGAGACGUCAAGGAAGAAAAAAAUCAACAUGGAGAAGGAUCUGGCUUGAAUGGUGUCCAGACGAGAGAAGUUGAUGCUGAGAAAUUAGAAGGUGAAGUUGACAAUGGGCAUGCUGACUCGCAGCUGCAGAAUGGUAAUGGACAUGUACCGGAAACUCUUGGGGGACAGGUAUAUCUGUUGAGCGAAGGUUCGACAACGGUGCCUCCUGCUGCGACUCUCCUACAGCCUCUUCCAGACCGACCACACCCGUCCAAAUCUGAAGCAUAUAAACACGCCUUGCAGUUGAGGAUGACACAGAUGACGUUGGCAGAGCAUAUGGAAGGUCCAGAAGGCGCGGAGAUGAGAUGGGUGGACGUUUUCAGCUGGGUUGCAGAGCGGAAGGGCACAACCGAACCGCAACCGAGGUCGUCGAUGGACACGGUUGCACAGUCUACGAAUACGCGAGCGUUGUCGGAAUCAUCGCAUUCUCGGGCUGGGGAAGUUAUAGCGGAACCAAAGACGCCGACUACUUCGAAUUCUCGUCCCGAUGGACAGAGCUCGCUGGGGUUGACUCUGUCAAAUACCCCGCAGGCGUUAUCGGAGAAGGCACCUCCAAUCAUGAUAACUCCGGCCACUCCGGCAGAGCCUAACUCACAAUUUCACCUCGCUACUGAUCCGCUGAAUGAGAAGCGCUCCUUGUCGAUAGAUAGGGAUACCUCUGCUGGUAAAAAGGUACAGCAGAUGUUUAAGAACCGUGUGCAUAAGGGCCAGGCAAGGAUCACUACGAUAUCUAAAAAAAUCGGGAAUGGUAUGGUCCGCAAUCCCAGUGCUCGUCUUCGGCCUACAGGUUCUGCUCCAGAUUUCCACUCAGUAUUGCAGAAUCACCAUUAUCAAGCAUCCUCGAUACAUUCUCGACGUCGUCUUGGAUCAUUCACACAUCCUCACCACUAUAACGAUUCUCCGAUCGAUUCUCCACCGCCCCCACCUCCUCCAACUCUUCCACCCGCCCAAGAGUCCAAGACCAAAAAAGUGACACGUGCAACUGGCGAGGAUACAUUGUUGAGCGAUCUCUGGGCAAUGUCAGCUGCCACGUUCCGGAGACUUGGGAAAAUCGAACAAGCAAAAGGCGCGAUACAGGAGGCGGAGGUGAAAGACCAGAACAAUCCUGCAGUUUGGGUCCAGCUUGGGGUGUACUAUCAUGCAUUAUGCCAUGACAGACAAGCGAUCGAAGCCUUCAGAAGGCUUUGUUCAUCUCUCCCGACGACGUCGCUGCUUCCGUACAUCUAUGCCGCAUUUAUCUUAUCCGCUGCCUCCUCUAAAUCAAACCAAAAAUCAGGCGCAGAUGUUGACAUGGAUAAAGUAGAUCUCGUUGCAGGCAUGCUGGCAUAUGUCACUCGUGCGGUAGGAUGGGAUGUACCAGAGGCAUGGUACUUCCUAGCAAAGGCGUAUGGCUUGCAGGGUCGUAAAGAUAGGGAGCGCGAGUGUUUGACUUUUGCGUUGACGUUGUCUGAGCGGAGGAGUGUUAGGGAUAUUGGGCUUGCGGUGGGAUGGUGUUUGUGA